CUGAGGGUGCGUUCCGAAAUCUACUGACAGUACUGACAGUACUGCUACUGAAGUUACUGGGUUUGAGCUGUUCCGAAACGCCAGUGAAUACUGGCAACACUAAAAAACGGAAUGCGUUUACAGUCAAAUCAGCAACUGUUGAUGCCAUCAUAAAAACCUAACUUUAUACAAUCUAAUUAUGGCAAAUGUCAAUGCAAUUAUAAUUGCAGUGCAAGGUAUUGUGAAUGUUAUUAAUAGUGACAGUGACAGUUCAUCAGACGAUGAGGAAGAAAUUCUAAAUGUCUUAAACAUGAUUACUAAGCGUAGACCAUUGGAAUUAAGGCCACGCAUAAAAAAUUAUAUUGAAAAUGUUAUUGCUUUACUUUCGGAUGAAGGAUUCAAAGCACAUUUUAGAAACACUUCAUAAAUGUUAUUGUCGCCAUCAAUAAGUUCGUAUCGAACAGUUUCCAUUGUUACAAUUAAUUUUUUAACAAUCUCGUCAAUUUUAAUUAUACACAUUAAUGUACGGCGGACGGCGGCCAUAUGCUUUACUGAAUUUGCACUACCUCCGGACAAUGUGUAAAAUUAGCCGGAAGUCAGUAAUUCCCUAGGGUCUAUUUUUGUAGAAUAGAUAGUAAUUUACAGUUGCUGACAGCACGCUGAAAACGAUUUCGGAACGAAAAAACAGUACUGUCAGUACUGGCAGUAGAUUUCGGAACGCACCCUGAGUAGGCCGCGUGGCGUUCCUUGACGACGGGCUGUUGUUGUAAAACAAGUGCCUUUAGACUAGAUUCGGAGCUGUCAAACUGUUCGGACGUAUUUCUUGGCAUUCAAUUACUGUGUUCUUGUAUUUGUGUUGCAUUAAAGAGCCGUGUGAGUUCUCAGUGGUGUAAUAAUUUAUUUCGAUCGGGAGUGCGUGUAACAUUUUGGGGGCUCGUCCGGGAUCGGACGAGCGGAUAUCGGAACGAGCUUAAAGGAGAGAGAGAGAGAGUCCGGAUGGUUUCGAGGACUCCGACACGUCCGAGCCCGCGAGAUAUUUCUAUUGAGGAGGGAACCGAAAUGCCCACUACAAGAAAAAGGGCUCGAGAGCAGACUUCUGAAUCUACGAUGUCGGAGACGGCGGUACUGCAGGCAGUUCUCCAGGAGAUGCGUACGAUGCGUGAGGAACAAGCGCGUAGGGAGUCGGAAUUUGUAGUGUUGCUGCGGCAGAGAAAAGAGGAGCUUUCUCGUUUACGAAAUUUUCAGCUAAGUCCUUCUAUUAAUAGAGCCUCGGGCGAUAACGUAUUGGGAACCGCGGGGGACACGUGCGGGAAUCGUGCGCGAACGAAGUUGGGUUUCAAAUUGAAGCCUGACACUUUUGACGGGACGGUUCCGCUGCGGGAGUUCCUCUCUCAGUUUCUCCUAAUCGCACGCGCGAACCUCUGGGACAACGCGUCGAAAUCUGUAGCUUUGGCCGCGAGUUUAAGGGGGGAAGCGCGAACGGUUUUGGAAUCGUUAGAGGACGUAGAAGUUUUUAGUUUUGAAGAAUUAAAAUCAAAGCUUGAGUUGCGUUUCGGGGAGGGAAUUUUUACUCAAAAUUCUUAUUCUCUUUUUACCAAUAGAAAACAAAAAUCCGGGGAAAGCUUGGCUGCUUUUGGAGCUGAGUUGGAAAGACUUUCGCGUUUAGCAUAUCCGGAGUGCCCUUUUUCGGUGCGGGAUAAGAUUGCAUGUUCGCAAUUCAUUUCCGCCGUUUCCAAUAAUUUUCUUAGAAGAACUCUCCAGCUGGAAGGGAUUUCUUCUUUGAAAGCGGCCGUGGAGAGAGCCAAAGCUAUCGAAAUCAUUCAAGAGGCGAAUUUUGAAAGAAAAGAAAAAUUCGGGAGAAAUUUUGAUCGUUUUAGGAGAAAUUUUGAGAGGGAGGAGAGAAAGGACGCGCGAAGUGUUGGGGGUGAGAAAUCGGAGGAAGGGGGGUUCCGAAAAAAUUGGCGCGGCCUCAAAUCUGCAGCCAAAGAUAAAGAAUGUUGGGCGUAUGGAAAAACAGGACAUUUCCGUUUUGAGUGUCCCGACGCGAAGGGAAACGCGGCUUAGUUGAGCUUUUUGGGGCGAGUUCAACUCCGAAGGGUAAUGCCCCGAUUAUUUUUCGUUCUAAUUAUAAUUUGAAUAAAGAUUAUUGUGUUUAUCGUUCUCUUAGUUUUAAUAAUGAUAAUGAUUCUUAUUUUUGUUAUGAAGGAAUGCUUAAUGAAAAACGUUGCUCCUUUAAGAUUGAUACGGGCUCUGACAUCUCUAUUGUAAAUAGAAAAUUAGUAAAAGACUAUGGAGAAAAGUUGGAAACGGUAAAUUGUUUUUUGAGAUAUCCUACCGGAGAAAAGAUUCUUUGCAAAAAUAAAAUUUCGGUUGAUAUUCUUAUUGGUAAAUAUUCUUUGAAGAUUCCUAUGUUCGUGGCGGAAAUUCAUGACGAUUGUUUACUAGGGGUUGUUGACUUUCUUAAAAAGGUUAGUUUAGAAAAUGUUUUUGAAUCCGCCUUUGGAAAUUCUAAAUCAAAAAAAGAAAAGAAUUUUAAUUGUUCUCGUGUUGUUUCUGUCCCUUCUGUCUUAAGGGAGCUCAUUGAAAAAAA